AUGGGACUGGUGGAGCGAGAGACCGAGAUGCAAGAAUUAAACGCUUCCAGACCCGGAAGAUCGAGGGAUCUGUUCGGAGUGCAAUUGGAGGUCACUUCGUUACUGCUGGAAGGCGAGCGCCGCAAAUUGGCAGUCCUGCAAAGGGAAUUGCAAGCAGCCCUCGAGGAAGGUGGGAGUGUAAAGGUGAAGGAGAAGCAACGACAGGAGUUACUGCACGCUAUAUCGAAAAUUCAAGGGCAACACGAGCAACUCGACAAGGAGUACAGGAUUCACGCCGCCGGUGUUCUUCUGUGCAACUCGAGGGGCUCCGGAAAGGAACUCUCAGGAAGCUUUAGUAAGCUCCGGUAA